AAGAGGAAGUGUCCUGCCUGUAUGCACACGCUAGAGGUGCCGCCGCCCAAUGUGCGCAGAGUGUCAGUGAGCGAGACCGCCGCGUGCAUGUCUAAUGAUUACCUUCACUUGUAAAAUGGGAUUCAUGAAUACAUGCAUACGAACACUUAGGGGAUCUACACUCCAUUCCAUAAAAGAUGUAAUUAAACCGUUCCCCUCUAAAUUAUCUGUUCAACGAUCACCAUGUAGAACAUUAAUGCUGAGCCAAUGCUGGAGGAAUCAAGACAAAUCCAGUCCCAAUGAAAACAUAGAUCUAGACACAUGGAAAGAUAUUCUAAGAAGUGGAAUGCCAAGGACUAGUAGUGAGAAUACUGAUUCACAGAUAGAAGAGGAGUCAUCCCUAGAAAGUAUGCAGAAGCUGGUUGAAAUGUGGAGAAUGGCAGGAAAAGCUGUACCUAAUUCUAUUAGCACAGAGGAAUUGCAGGUGCUUCAAGGACUUAACACCAAGUCUUCGAGAAGAAAAUACUUGAAGGACCUUGUGUUUAAAGAAUACAGAAAGAUGAGCAGGGAAAGAAAGAAACUAGUAAAAGAAGAGCUGCAAAAUAAUAUGGAAAACAACACUGAAACAGAUAACGUUGAAGAGGAGAAGACAGUGAAACGUCCUACCUAUCUUUUAAAAUUUUUGACAAAGUGUGUGGAGUGCUAUGAAGGAUGGCGAGGUGCACAAGCAAUGAUAUUUGGGCAGCCUUUAGUAUUUGACAUGGUGUAUGACCAUUACAUGUCACAUAAGGAAAUGAAGGACACAGUGGGUCAGCUAAUGAUGUCUGAAGGUUUCAACAAAAAAUCUGCGGAUCCUUUUCACAUCCACUUCUGCAAUCUUAAACCCAAUGGUCCUUACCAAAAUGAAUUAGUAAAACGUUACCAAGGAGCAUGGGAUGAUGUCUUAGUAACUUCCAGUGAAAAGUCUCACAUUGACAUCUUUCCUAGUGAUCAACUUGUUUACUUGACUAGUGACUCUCCAAAUGUGUUAAAGAAAUUUGACCAUGAUAAAAUUUACAUUGUUGGUGCUUUUGUUGAUAGAAGUCAAAAGACAGGAGUAUCAUUGGGAAAUGCCAAGAGAUUAGGAAUAGCCACUGCACGACUACCAUUGGACAGGUUCUUAAAAUGGAGUGUUGGAGCGAAAAAUCUCACCCUUAACCAAAUGAUUGAAAUCUUGAUGAUUUUAAAAGACACAGAAGACUGGACGAAAGCAUUGUCAGUAGUUCCAGAAAGGAAGCACCUUGGUUUUCUAAAAGAGAGCAUAUCUUCUACUAAAGCCUUGUCUAAAAAUACUCAUAAAUAUGAGAUGGGAAAAAGAAAAGGAGAUAAUCAAAAGGAAGUCCACAAAGAUUCUCCACACCAUAGAAAAACAAACUGUUGGGAAGAAAGAGAUUAAUUUAAGUAAUCAAAGUAUAUAUAAAUUUUAGCAUUUCAGUAAAUUAUUCAUCUUUAUAUUUAUAUAUAUAUAUAUAUAUAUAUAUAUAUAUAAAAACAAAAAAUUGAAGAACCCUUUUUCUUGCGCUGAUAUACAAUGUAGCUCGUACCAAUGAGAAAUGCCUUCUGUCAGACAAGGCACCAAAUUAGAAAUACAAAAAAGGGGAAUUCUCAUGGGAGCUCAAACCACCUCAGAAAUCACAUAAAAAUGUAUUUAUUCAUAAAAAUUUUUUUGACAGUAAAUGCUGUAAUAUUACAUAUAAAACAUCAAUAAAACAAAUAGGUAACUUUAUACCAUAGGUGAACAAUACAGAAUAAUAAUUAUCUGACGGGUUCCGUUUGGAGAUCUCUACACUUAAAUCGAAUAUCGGUUCUUUCACCAGAGCGUUCAGAAGUAUGUUCAAUUUCACAAAUGGGGUAUUCACAUAUUUGUUUUAUUGAUGUUUUAUAUGUAAUAUUACAGCAUUUACUGUCAAAAAUUUUUUUAUGAAUAAAUACAUUUUUAUGUGAUUUCUGAGGUGGUUUGAGCUCCCAUGAGAAUUCCCCUUUUUUGUAUGUGUAUAUAUAUAUAUAUAUAUAUAUAUAUAUAAUUAUGUUUUUUUACUUGCGUGAAUACAAAUGCAUCUUCCUAUAACUGUGAACUAUAACAUAUGUUUGGUACUGAUUUACAGGAUUAUAGUGAUCAUUGCAGGGCAACAUAAUAUUUAUGUAAAAAAAAAAAGACGUAAUUGCUGAAAUGUUAUCUACAUGUAGCCAGUUUGAGAUCAUCCAGGUUUCUAAAACUUUAGCAUGCAUUCACAAAUGAUGUUGAUGUCAUAUAUAAGAAUAAAGAUUGUGUACAUCUUAGGUGGAACAAAA